CUUUGAUACCAACAGUUUAUCUGAGGCAGUUUUCAGCAGAGCAUCAAUAAAAGAACGUCCCAUUUACUGAGGAGAAAUAGAAGCAGAGAGACUGAAGGAAAAUAUUUUCAACCAACAUUAAAGAUGCAGUGGUUUGUGAUUCUGCUGUAUCUGAUGGGACAGAUUUGUUUCAUCAACUGUCAGCUCUAUGAGUAUCACUACAUUAAUAAGGAUAUGAACUGGACUGAAGCUCAGCAGUACUGCAGAGAGAAACACACUGACCUGGCCACAGUGUCUAACAUGGCAGACAUGAAGAGACUCAACAGUACCAGAGCAGGAGAUAAGAGGGAGGCUUGGAUUGGUCUGUAUGAUCAGACAGAUGUUAACAGAACAUGGUACUGGUCUCUGCCUGGAGUGGAGUUCAAUGAAAGGGAGACAAACUGGGGCACAAAUGAACCAACAGAUAAAGGAAAUGGAAAUCCUGAGAACUGUGGAUAUUUAAAUAAGGACCUUAACUGGACAGAUACUGGUUGCCAACAUACAUACCAUUUCCUCUGUUAUGAUGAAUCUAAUAGAACCCAGAAAUACCACUUGAUUAGAGAGAAGAAGACCUGGCAGGAAGCUCAGAGUUACUGCAGAGAGAAACACACAGACCUGAUCAGUGGAAUGAAGCAGCUACAGAAUGGAGAACUGGAGGAAGUGAUGAAGUCUGUGGGAUAUGGAACAUACAUAUAUUUUGGUCUUUUCAGAGUCACCUGGAGGUGGUCAGAUGGAAGCAGCUUCUCUUUCAGACACUGGAAUAUCCAGUUAAACAAUCUUCAAUAUAACAUUGAAAAUAAAACCUGGGAGGAUGCCUUAUACUACUGCAGAGAUCACUACCAUGACCUGGUCACCAUCACCAGCCUGGAUGAGCAGAGAUGGAUCCAGGAGAAAGCCAAGAAGGCCUCGACUGAUUAUGUCUGGAUUGGACUGCGCUACAACUGCUUGAUGAAGGCCUGGUUCUGGGUCUGUAAGGAGAACUGGGGCAGCAAUCAGAGCCCAGCCUCAGAAAGAUGGAAGAAUGACUGUGACAUGUCUGGAGCCAUGGAUGCAGGAGGACAACAUAAGUGGUUCCAGAGAAAUCCCUCAGAGGAAUUGAAUUUCAUUUGUUCUAAGAUUCUGGCUCAUUCUGUUCUGGUGGCAUGA